CCCUCAGCGGCUGCGGGCAGAGGCAGGAGGCGCCGCGGAGGCAGCGGGAGCCGGGGACGGAGAAGCCGCAGAAAAGACUGAAGAAGAACCGUCAGGGCCUCAGAAAUUGGAGGACUCUUUGAGGGCUCUCAGGUGACCCAUCCUGAGUCCAAGACGCUUCUUGUCAUUGAAUCGUGGAGCUGGUAGAGCGCUCGCAAGACUUCCCGCUGAGGACUUGUGGAAUGCUGUGAAGACUCCCACUGCCCCGCAGCCCUAGGCAGAUCACCGUCGGGAUUGUCUCCACCCGAAGGAAGUUCAUCCACGACAGAGUUCCCGGUCUUCCACGAUGAACCCUGUUUACAGCCCCGUUCAACCUGGGGCUCCCUACGGAAACCCGAAGAACAUGGCUUACACAGGUUACCCGACGGGAUAUCCCACCGCGGCCCCAGCCUACAACCCCAACAUGUACCCAACCAGCAGCCCCGGCUACGCCCCAGCUACACUUCUGAUGAAGCAAGCCUGGCCACAGACCUCCUCGUCCUGUGCCACGGAGGGCACCUUCCACCUCCCAGUGGACACUGGGACCGAGAACAGAACUUAUCAGGCUUCUUCUGCAGCAUUCAGGUACACUGCGGGGACUCCCUACAAGGUCCCACCGACCCAGAGCAACAACGCGCCCCCUCCCUACUCUCCGUCUCCGAACCCGUACCAAACGGCGAUGUACCCCAUCAGAAGUGCCUAUCCCCAGCAGAAUCUGUACACCCAGGGAGCUUACUACACCCAGCCGGUGUACGCGGCGCAGCCUCACGUCAUCCAUCACACCACCGUGGUGCAGCCCAACAGCAUCCCGUCGGCGAUCUACCCGGCCCCCGUGGCUGCGCCCAGGACCAACGGCGUGGCCAUGGGCAUGGUCGCGGGGACCACCAUGGCCAUGUCGGCAGGAACCUUGUUGACCACCCCACAACACACCGCAAUCGGAGCACAUCCAGUUUCCGUGCCAACGUACAGGGCUCAAGGAACCCCCACGUACAGCUACGUACCUCCACACUGGUAAACCCACCGGCCAAGUCAUAUCCAGAGUCAGACAUCGUAUGCAACUCCACAAGUCUUACAUCGGGGCUGCGGCCGCCGGACUGCAGCACCUCGUCUGUUUGCGAGAACAAAAGAAAACAAAAAAAAAAAAACAAAAAAAAGGAAAAAAAAAAA